ACUCGCUGAUAUUGUGAUGAGAGCGUGAGAGGCUCCAUGCACGGGCGAGCGCGAGCGGCGUGCGGUGACCGUCACUGUUCAGCGUGCGGCGGCGUUAUCAAUACGGAAACCUGGACUGCUUCCUCAGAAAGGGCUCUCCAGCAGAGGGCACAGGGAAAUUUGAUGCAGCCCCUGCACGUUCACCCUGUCGGCGCACUGUAUCUGCUGUGCGAGUAACCCCUUUGAGGAUCAUGAAGAGUUCCCCUGAUCUCAUGCCUACUGAGCUGGACCCUACCCGUGUUUGCAAGGGCAAGGGUGCUGUUACUUUGAGGGCCACAUUAGUGCACAUCGAUGAUGAGGACGGCACAAGCCAAGAGCCGUCCAAGAACUCUGCCAAAAGUGGAUGGCUUGGUGCGGUCAAUGGAGAUGCCACAGAAACAAGUCUGGCUCAGAGAAGUGUAAACAACACCGGAGCUGAUUUAAAUUCAACUCAAGUCAAUGAGACACCAACAAAGGUGGACUCACCUGUAAGAGAGAGUCGAUCUCAGCUCACAUCCUGCCUUGAUCAGCCGAGUGCUAUUACCUCAUCAGCCAAAGUGUCCUCUUCAUAUCCCCCCACCAGCAGCGUCAACCCAACAAUCGUCUUGCUGCAGCACAGCAGAGAAGCUGUGGCGGAGCAGGGCAGUGGCCCUAAUCGGAGCCCUGCCGUCAACCAGAAUAAAUCUUCCUCUGAGACUCCGGCAGACAUGGAAGGAAAGAGAAUGAGACUGUCUGAACAUUCAGCUGUCCCGGGACCCAGAGUCCCAGUACGGAACACAGAGCUAUCAAAGGAUUGGUACAGAAACAUGUUCAAACAGAUUCACAAAGUCCCAGAGCCUGUCGAAGAAAAUCCAUAUCGUCCCACCUACAUAUUUCCAGAGAGCAAUGACAGGCCACUGAAAACCAGAGAUGACGGGCUGUCAUAUGGUGGUGAGGACGUGCGGGCCGUCCCUCGCUCCAAGAGUGCCGUAGACAUGGGGAGCUCCAGAGGACAGCUGCCUGUGCCAACACGCACAUCUUCCCUGAAACCUCAGAGGAAUGAGUGGGAGCCCCCUGACAAGAAAGUAGACACCAGGAAGUACCGCGCCGAGCCCAAGAGCAUAUUUGAGUACGAGCCAGGAAAGUCUUCAGUGCUGAAGCUGGAGAGACCGACUCAGGACAUAAGUCCAGAAGAUGUAGAUUUAGAGAAUGAGCCUUGGUAUAGGUUCUUUUCUGAGAUGGAGUUUGGCAAAGCGCUGCAUCACACUAAGAGUGCCCCCUCUUUCAGCCCCUUGGACACAUCUUCCGACCUACAGCAAUACUCAGCCUGUAAAGCAGGCAACGGUGAAGUGGAGAAGAAGGACAGCUUGUCUGCCGGUGGGCAGGCAGCUCCAGAAUGUGAUCGGCACAUUUACAAGAGUGUCCUGGAGGGCGGCGACAUCCCACUGCAGGGCCUGAGAGCGCUUAACAAGCGCCACCCUAGCACUUCUUCUAAAGUGGAUUAUAAAGGUGGGAAUGGCUGUAUGAUUUCACCCUGCUCUUCUGUAAAUACUCACUCAGUUCUUGCCACUAAUGCACUAGCUUCUCAGUAUAAGACUAAAAAGUCCUUGUCUGCUGCCAAAGCCUGCAUCCCUCAAAUACUUCCCUCAAAGUUUAAACCCAAGCUAUCGCCAUCUAUCGAUGAAAGCCUGGAAAGACGGAUCGAGCCGACACAACAGCGGCCCAAAGCUCACAGCUGCGAGGAUCUGCGUCACGAGGCUUGUGGCCCACGAGAUGAAGAUACGCCAGAUGCCGAUCACAGGUUAAAUUCAGCUUGCAAGGGCAACCUGCAAAAAAAUGGACCUGUUGUGAGAUCUGUGAGGAGCACAUCCGAGUUCUCCGCACUAUAUCGGAACAUGCACAACAUUCAGAGGCCGAGCUCCGUGGGCUCCAGCCCCCAUGGUAGUGUCCGUUGCCUGGCUUCCUUUUUUGAGAAGCCGGGGGAUGACAUUACCUUGGAGAGGACUGAGAUCGUCCCCCGGGAUGCUGUCACGUUUCGGGUGAUGGAGUUUGAGCGUAUUAUUCAGCGUUCGAACUCUGCGCCCACUCGCUCCGCCUCCAUGCCCAUACUCCCUAGUAACCCAAGUCCUCCCCACAGCCCUGCACCGACCUGCUUCCUCCAGUCUGCUCUGUCAGCUGAGACCCUUGUCAUGCCAGGGCCUGAGGACUGUCCAGUCAGGAUUACAGAGGCCCAGACCCCCAGAGAGGAAGCUUGUUUAUCCGAGCAGUACCCAAACACCACAAGAACUGACUUGCCUUUGGAUCUAAAUGAACCGGAAGAGAAAAACAGUUGCAGUCAUGAUCCUGCCAAAGAGACACCCACAGAACACACAGGUCACCAUCACCACGAUCACUUUCCCUUCCACACCAAACAAAGCAAGUGUAAAGGCACCUGCCCGGCUUCCUAUACACGUUUCACCACAAUCCUCAGGCACGAGCGCCAACAAGCCAACACCCAGCAGGAGAAGAAAUGCACUCCUCCCAGGAACUUGCUUCUGAUGGGACCAGCACCUUUCUCUUUACGCAGGUCCCUACACAGUCAACAGGCCAAAAAGACUUGCGCUCUCUCUGCCAUGAAGCCUGUGACCGGAGAUGUCAUCUCGGCCAAGCUGAAGCCUUUGAUUCCCCAGCGCCUGUCCUCUUUGGAGGUGCUGGAGAGGCUCAGUAAUGGAGACAGCUCUCCCUGUGAGGGGUGCAACUCAGAUGACCUCAUGGAUGUGGAGGGCUCAGAAGCCAGUAAAGAUCACUCUGAAGAAUCUGAUUCCUCACAUCCAUUAAGCCAAGGAGAUCAUGGAGAAAACUCAGACGAGGCAGUCCGGAAACGUUAUGGAGAUAAAGAGAAAAUUCUGGAGGAGCAGAGACGGUUAAAGCGAGAGCAGGAAGAGGCAGAUACAGCUGCUCGGAGACAUGCUGGGCUGGUUGUGACUCAUCAACAGUUCAUUACUAAUGACCGCUUCGGCGACCUGCUGGUUAUUAAUGAGAAAGAGAAGAGAAAAGCCAUAGAGAGGACUCCUGCUUUGGCUCGAUUUGACUUCAGAGCAGAAAGUUUAAAGGAACUACCAUUUCAAAAGGGAGAUAUUGUAUACAUCUACAGGCAGGUUGAUCAGAACUGGUUUGAGGGAGAGCAUCAUGGUAGAGUCGGGAUUUUUCCACGUAGCUACGUUGAGAUCUUGCCCCCUACAGAAAAGGCUCAGCCAAAAAGUGCUCCGGUCCAGGUGUUGGAGUAUGGAGAGGCUAUUGCUCGAUUCAAUUUUACUGGUGACACCGCUGUUGAAAUGUCUUUCAGAAAGGGGGAGCGUAUCACGCUGAUACGCAGAGUAGAUGAGAACUGGUAUGAAGGCAAAAUUUCUGGCACUAACCGGCAGGGCAUCUUCCCAGUCACCUACAUAGAGGUGCACAAGAGACCCCGAGUGAAAAAUGGAGUGGACUACCCUGAUCCCCCUAUCAGCCAGUCACCUCACCGGAGCACUAAUGCCUCUCCACAGCCCAUUCGUAAUCGGCUGACCACCUCCCCUCUCCCUCUGCCGCGGUCUCCCCGCCGCUCGAUCUCCCCCGAAGUCCACGCCAUCUCUAACGAGUGGAUUUCGCUCACUGUGGGUGGAGUCAGCAGCAGCCCCCCGGCUGCACCCACCCCACCCCUCCCUCCUCUGCCAAGCACUUCCUACCGCUUGGGCGAAUAUCUGCCCCCUUCCAUGUCCGCCAGUCCCAUGCCUCCCAUCAGCAACAGCCCCUACUGCGUUUCCCCCAUGGCUUCUCCCUCCACAUCUCCUUUACCCCCGCCCUAUCCUCCCCGGCCCUGCUCGGCCACCCCGUUUCUCACCUUCACUCCACCUCAAGGUGAGGACUUCCUUCUUUCUCCACCCUCUCCCCGCCUGUCCCGCAGCCUGAGUCCCUGUGGGGGUGCUGGGCUUGAGGGUUGGCUCAGUGGGGGCAACAGGCUGGAUCAGGAUUUUCAGGAAGGGGAUGGGGCUGAAAUAGACAGGGCUGGCAGCCUCCGCAGGGCUCCUUACAGCAGGAACAAUAGUCCAGCAGAGCCAUUAAGAAAUGAUGUAGAAUAUUACGGGCGAUCUUCAAGAAGUCCUGUCAUGCUGUUUGACAUUCAAGACAACAACAUGAAUGCCAAUUCAUUCACGGAGGCAGUGUGUAAUGAGAUCAUGAAUAUUGCAGAGACCUCAGUGAGGUACUGCAGCACUUUGUCACGCCCUAUAGACUCCGCCCACCGACUCCUGCCUCCUCCCAGUAAACACUCUCUCAUCAUUUCCCAGCAACCCCUGUCCCAGAGCAGCAGUCCUGAGCCUGGACGCAUGAGCUGUGGGAUAUUUCAGGCUCUGUAUAAUUACAUGCCUCAGAAUGAUGACGAGUUGGAGCUGCAGGAAGGAGACCUGGUCAGUGUCAUGGAGAAAUGUGAUGAUGGCUGGUUUGUGGGUACAUCCAAGAGGACAAAACAGUUUGGCACUUUCCCAGGAAAUUAUGUAAAAGCUGUUAAUUUGUGACACGAUGCUUUGAAAGAAGUGACGGUUUGUAUGCAGCGAUUCUAACACUAUGCUUAAGCAGCCCGAUGCUUUUGGGACACUCUACCUGUUGACGUCAAAUGAAGACUUUUUGUCCCCUGCAAAAUUCGGUCUUUCCCAGAUGAAUGUCCAGGUAUGUGAUCAAUAAGGUGUGCGGCAUGUCAGAGAAGAACAUGCGGUUCAACUGUACUACAGUGGCAGCAUUUGUUGAAGGAUUUAGAAGAAUACGUUGUUUUUGCUUUUUUUUUUUUUUUUGAAAUGCUCAGACUCCGCUAAAAAGCCAUUAAUAUGAAGUAUAUAUCAGACUUGGAAAAGGUGUAUAAGUUUACAGCUGCGAAUUGUACUGAAGUACAACUUCAUCACAUACCUGACAUUACUGAAAAUGCGUGAAAUUCUACGAUUUAUUUUUGCUAUAAAAGUUUGAUGGGCUUUGAGAGUGACCGUGAGGGAUGACAGUGUAUCGAAAGCACCCGAAGGUGUCCGUAUUAAGGGUCGCAGGUCAGGCAAGCUGUGAAAGGAUCAUAGUUAGGUUUAGCCAUUUUGAAAAGUGUUUAAAUUACAAUUUACACUCCCACUGUGUAAAAAUUGCGUAUUUGUGGAGCUUUUUUUUUUUAUCAUCAUACUUUCAUAAAGAGUAUGAUGUAAAUUUCUUGUCCGAUGAGGGCUCAAAGGAUGAGACGACAACAUUAGUAUUUGCGAAUUCAAGCAAAGCUAUUUGUAGACAUCAAAAUGAUGUAAAUCAGUGUUGGUCAUGUUAAGGAGGACAACGUCACAGCACUUACUGUACUCUCAGAUUAUACUGACAUGCAAAAUUACGGUAACGCUUUACAGUAAGCUCUGAUUUGUUAACAUUCGGAUGAGAAAAGAGUACGGGUGCAACUGUGUGCUCUCAACGUAGAGAAAAGUGCUAUAUAAAUGUGACUAAUUAUUAUUAUUAUUAUUUAUUUUAAUGAAUUAGUUAACGUGAACUAACUAUGUGCAGCUAUUGUUAACAAAUAAAACCUUACUGUAAAAUGUUACCAAAUUUCUCUUCGUAAAAUUACGAUGGAGUGACCGACUCUAUAAACUCCAGAUCUGAUAAGCUUUUUAAUUGGUAACAAAAACAAUCAAGCUUUAAGCGUUAUGUAAUACAGUGAGGCGAAGGGCUACAACUAAACCCCCACUAAACACAUGCUUUGCCUCAAAACAUGCUAUUUAUUUGCCUGAGUAGUGCACAUUCUGCUCUUCCAGUCAUCCAUUUUUUGAAAUGGUUGUUCUGAAGAGCGCGUUACGAGUCUGAGGCACAGUAUUUACCUCUCAUAACAAGCCUUGAUAACAUCUUAACCCAGGUACCAUUUGACAGCGACAUUUACAUAGUGUUAUGACUGCUAAUAUGGUUGCAUGUUGGGAAACGAUUAUCCGUAUAAGAUUGCUGUACCUCAUUUUCAAAGUGCCAUUCACAGUAGAGGAUGCUACACGUGGACCGUUGCGUUCAUUUAGUUAGGCAGUCUCCAUUAAUUAGCUUGUGGUCUUCCUUAACUGAAUGUAGUUCACAUCUACUCCAGGUUGCGGAUUUGCUUUUGCUUCCUUUUUAAGAAGUAGAAGCGCAAAUCUGAAGAUAUACGUGUUUGGAUUUCUUCUUCAGAUGAAGUUGUGUGUUUUUGAAUCUCCCCUUUAGUUUUAUAAGGUCCAUUCCGUACAACGCCAGAGAACGUGCUGCUAGAGAGCACGAGGGUCUUCUGGGACCCUUUUCGCUUACCAGCCUUCCGUCCCGAUUCAAAACCAGGAUUAGGAAAAGAUCAUCUGGACAGAAAUCGACAUCUAGAUUAUAUAUUUUUCCUUUUUUUUAAACCAGUGGUCGUUGCUAAAACUUUUGUCAGGAAGAAAUCACGCAGAAGAUCAACAAGGAAUUCACAAGCGUGCGUGAUCUCUGUCGAGUGUGAUGUUUUGGCCUUUUCGAACCGUUCUAAGAUAGCGUAGCAUAUCUGAAUGUAGUGCUCUGAGAAGCUUUUAACUUGGAUUAGUUGAAAUUCACAGUUUUCCUAUUCUGUCAGAGUUGUAAAUAUGUAAAGUAAACAUGAAUGAAAGUGAUGGAAGUUACAGCAACCUCUAUGAAUAUUACAGUUUAUAUUAAAUGAAGAAUAUUAGGAAAGCACAGAGAUUUGCGUAACACAGGCCGUCUCAUACGACUGAACGAGUGAUUCUGACACUGUGUUGGGAUUGAAAUGCCUUUCUGUCUCAUGGCUUCAUUGAACUGUGCCUCGUUUUGUUUUAUUAUUAUUUUUUUUUUGCCUUGAGGUAAACGCAUUACUUUAUAAGGACUUUUAAAAGUACGUUUUGCUGUGUCACAGGACACGGUUACUGAGUUUGUUACCGCAAUCACAUGAGUUGCUCAAAAGUGUGAGAUGACACCUGAGAUGUUUAAUGUAUAAUUAUUACUUUGUGGUCUGUACGCAGAAGCGAAUUUUGCAUUUUUUGUUUGUUUUUGUUUAUUUGCAGUGCUGUUAAUUACAAUGAAUUUAAAACACUAUUUACUGCUGUGAUUGCCUCAUUAUGCAAUAUUUAAUAAACAAUAUUACAGCUUU